AUGAAGAGGAUUACUUUUCUUCUUAUCGGUUUAUUUGGUGUAUUAUUUCUAUGGGCAUGGUCACGAAUCUACUCUGUCAAAAGAUACGAUAUUUUGGAGGAUACGGUAUCUCGAGAUAGGAGAGUGGUGCAAAAAUGGCCAUUCGAUAUAAAGAAAGUGAAUGGGGUGUAUGAACUGCACCUAAAUUAUCAAACCGAAUCGAAGAAUUAUUCAGAGUACAGUGUACUUGAUCAAUAUGUUCUUCAGGAUGGAGCUAAGAAUAGACUGCUCAAAUUUAGGGAUUUAAUAGAUAUUCCAGAUAAACUCUGGAAGUUGCCUAUUGAUCCUCGAGUCACCUUAGUCUAUCCACAAGCGAUCAAUAUUUCUGAUGCAAUCUAUCGACUUAUUGAUGGAAAACCAUUGAAUGAAAAACCAAUAAAUAUCCCCAAAUUUCGAUAUCUUUCAAUUAGCAGCCAGGUAUGCAAUCCAGAGAAUCCGAGUAGUCAAGAACUGAAUCUUAUUAUUGUCGUAAAAUCUGGAAUAGCAAAUUUCAAUAAGAGAAGGGAAUUUCGACAUCUCUAUUCCUAUCUCACCCAUUCUUUCACUUACAAAUUAUAUGGUAUUCGAAUUGGUCUUGUUUUCUCACUUGGUAUUCCAAGACAGCAAAAGGAUAAUACCUUUCUGCGAGGAAAUCGAGUGAUUCGACUUGACGUUAGUGGCGGGGAAUUUCUGAAUCCCGAGGGACUUAAAGAGGUAGCUAAAAAUUUGAAACAAGAGAUGGAAACACAUUGGGAUGUUAUUCUUGGUGACUAUGAAGAUACUUACUUCAAUCUCUCCUUGAAAACCCAAUACUCCUUUACUUGGGCUGCAACAUUUUGCCGAAAGAGUCGACCAAUCUUUGUCUUCCUAGACGAUGAUAUACCGUUCUGUGAAAGAUGUUUGCUACGAAGCCUUCUAGAUCUCAGCCCAAUGGAAAGGCAGGUCCUGUUCCACGGUAUUCCUAUUCAUGGAAAUAAAGUAUGUCGUUUCGAGAUAAAGGAACAUGAGAAGUGGUGCUCAGUCAAAUCAGAAGUUCCCUGGCCCGAACAUGUACCUUUUCUGCUUGGAUGCUUUCAGUUAAUUAGUUUUGACAGCAUUGAAAAGAUUGCUUUAGGCAUGCUGUUCACCCAAAAGUUUAUCAAUGAAGACGCCUGGUUAGGUAUAAUUGCAAGUCGACUAGGAAUUCGGCCGAAAUCGGUGGGAAAGAUAAUGCGGAAAUAUAAAAUUCCUACUCGAAAGCCUAAUUACUUCAAAAGCAUACAUAAGAAAUGUUUUAACUUUCAUUAA